AUGCCAGCCUACAACUUGAACAUCGAAUCUUUCUCAAAGCUCCGCUCACAGGUAGUGGUCCUAACAGGAGGCGGUCACGGUGUCGGAAGAGAACUAGUUCAAAGUCUGUACAAAGUUGGGGCCCAUGUCGUUUUUGGCGAUAUAGAUGCCGUGGCGUCCACGGAGUUGGUCGAGAGCUUAAAAUCAAUCACCACUCAGGGUAAUGGAACAGUUUUAUUUCAACAGGUUGAUGUUCGGUCGUACGAGGAUAAUUUACAUCUUUUCCAAGCGGCAUUUGACCAGCAUGGACGAGUAGAUCAUGCUCUUUCGAUCGCUGGCGUUACAGAAGGGCAAAAUUGGUUCGACCCAUCCUUGGAUCUGGAGUCCGUCAAACAGCCACCAUCUACUUCAGUACUGGAUAUCAAUUUGUUGGGAGCGUUGUACUUCGCCAGGAUCGCCACGGUAUAUCUUAGGCAAGGGGAAGGGAGCCGGGACAAAUCUUUACUUCUUACCGGAUCAUUGGCGGCUUUCAAGGAGCAGGUUGGCUUGUUUAUUUACUCGCCUAGUAAACAUGGUGUCAUGGGUCUCUUUAGAUCCACGCGCAAGAAUCUGCAUUCAUUGCAUUCUAUUCGAGUCAAUAUUCUUUGCCCUUCUCUGAUAAGCACUGGCAUGGCAUCGAGAGUUGAGCAUAUCUGGAAAGAGAGGGACCUACCAAUUAACAAGGCGGCGGAAGUUAGUGAUUAUGCUAUCAAUAUCACGGCAUCCCCAGUCCUCGAGGACGGAACACUCCAAACUGGAUUGGCGGUUUAUGUGGAAGGUGGCAAAGCAUGGGAGAUAGAGUCGGACCUUGAAAGACUAGACAGCGAAUGGAUGGGAGCGGAAAUGGCCCAUAAUUGUGCAGCCAUCAAUCGCGCUUUGGGGGUUGGUGCUGGCUGGACGACUGAGAGGCCUCAAGUCUAA